UUUUCCAGGCCAGUGCGGCAGGCGGACCGCAGGGAGAGGGAGAUUUUAGGAAGGACAGUUACAAAAGUUAAAGACGAGAAAUCAUGACACAAAACAGUGAACUCGUAGAUCGCCUCUCCUCGCCACUGAACUUGACAUCCCUCAUCAUGGCGCUCGUGUCACAUACGAAAUAUUGAUUUAUGUCAUCUACAGCAACUUGAGGAUAUAAUGCCGGUGAAACGGAUGAGAACUACAGCAGCCGCCUGGAUUUUCUUGUUGGAUAUUGAAUCCGGCGCUCGGAGAUGCAGUUGGGAUUGUUUGUCCUCUAUAUAGGCCUUGCUAAUCAAUAUAUGAGAGCAGAAUUAUUGGACUACAGGAGAGCUCGCGCCGAUCCGUUAUUUUUCACAUCACCGCUCUUAUCUCAUAGCAACGCGGGACGUGAUGCAGCGACGCGUUCUCUGUGUUAGUUUUAUGCCUAUUUAUAUCUUAUUUUUAUGCACAGCACUUUGGUUCCACUUUGUGGUGUUGGAAGUGCUUUUAAAAUAAAACUGAGUUGAUUAGAUGUCAAGAUGGGUGAUGCCGCAGAGAUCAAGGAGAGCAAGAGGACGUUCAUCGUGCCCUCGAUCAAAUCUGUCGAUCACUAUGAUUUCACCAGGGCCAAGAUAUCCUGCAGCUUGACGUGGCUCAUCGCCAAAGCCUUUGGAUCUGACUGUGUACCGGCGGAGCUGGCGGAUCCAUUCUACAGAGACCAGUAUGAUCAGGAGCAUGUGAAGCCACCUGUUGUGUCUCUACUGCUUUCUGCGGAGUUGUAUUGCCGUGCUGGGAGUCUGAUCCUCAGGAGCGACGCGGCUAAACCUCUGCUGGGGCACAACGCUGUCAUCCAGGCCCUCGCUCAGAAAGGUCUUUACGUCACUGACCAGGAGAGACUCGUGACUGAGAGAGACCUCUGCAAGACCCCCAUACAGAUGAGUUCUCACCUGGCAAUGAUUGACACUUUAAUGAUGGCGUACACAGCUGAAAUGGUCAGCGUGGAGAGAGUGAUGGCCUGCAUACAGAAAUUUACUCCUUUCCUUCCUGAGGAAGACUUCCCAUAUGAUGCUGAAGAGGCUGUGACAACAUGGAUCAACAAGGUAAAUGAACAUCUUAGAGAACUUUUAGCCCAAGAACAAAGAGUUCGAGAUAUUGGAGAACCCUGCAAGGUUCAAAAGGGGCGCUUCAGGAGAGAGGACUCUAAAGCACGUCCGGUUCUUUGUCUCCCCCUGGUGGACAAUCUCUUGAAGGACAACACAGACGGCUGCGCAUUGGCUGCACUGCUGCACUUCUACUGUCCUGAUGCUGUGCCACUGGAAGAUAUCUGUGUCAAAGAAACAAUGUCAUUGGCUGACAGUCUGUACAAUCUCCAGCUGAUCCAGGAGUUCUGCAGAGAAAACCUCAACAACUGCUGUCACUUCACCCUGGAGGACAUGCUGUACGCCUCCAGCACCAUCAAGAGUAACUACCUUGUGUUUAUGGCAGAGCUAUUCUGGUGGUGUGAAGUUGUGAAACCAUCUUUUGUUCAGCCCCGCACACUCAAUACCAAAGUAUCUGACCCAUCCCAAUCCAAUAAAAUGGCUCCCAUAACCAAACAAAACCUGAUUCACAGGCCAGGCAGUCCUGAUCAGUCUAGAUCACAACCUAACAAUGACAACUCAGUUAUCAGGCGGUCGUCCUCCUUGUCGUAUGUGGACGGAUGUGUGGGGACAUGGCCUAAAGAGAAACGGUCAUCAGCUCAUGGGAUAUCAUUUGAGAUUCCACUUGAUGACAGCAUGAGUUCAUCUUCAGGACGUGGGUUGAGUCGAUCGGCAAGCACUGAAGGAUUGGGUUUUAAAGUUCACCGCGCAGCCAGGGGCAUGCGAAGAAACCUCUCGUUCCAGCCCGUAAAUGGGAACGCCCACAGCAAAAUCCGUGAGGAGGAUGUUGAGGAAUCCAACAGACAGAUCAGCAGACAUCGCCUGGGAAACUAUGCUGGGUACUCGAAUGGUGUAUCAGAAGACAGCUCAAGCCCUCCUUAUGACCCUCAGCCCAACACCCCCAGUAUAGAAGAAGCCCUGAAGAUCAUUCAUGACUCUGAGCGACCCCACAGCAGCUUGCAGCCCCCAUCUGGGGACAGCACCUUUUUCCUCCACAACCCAUCGUCCUACAACUCUGCAUCUGAAACAAACGAUCCAGAAGACUCGCUUUCCAAGGCCAGAGCAGUAGAUGAAGUGGACCUAAAUUCCACCUCUACUGACAUGGACACCGGAAUACACGUCCGUACUGAGGAUAUCCAGGAUGGACAGGAUGAGGAUUCAUCCCUGAAGGACUAUUCAGACAUGGACCAGGACUACGAAGCUCGUUCCUGUCCACUUCCAGAGACAUCCAGCAGCCCAUGUCCAGACCUUUUGGGAACGCGCUCCAUGGCCACCAGCAUGGCCUCCUCAUUGGGUUCUGCUGUUCGCAUGACCAGCUUUGCCGAACAGAAGUUUCGUAAACUAAACCACGGCGACGGCCGCAGCAGCGGGAGUGGCGGUAACACGCCUGAGAGCGGCGACCUGAAUGUCACAACCCCAGGAGCGACCGGGACAGUUCGUUCGAUUACUCCUGACACGCAUAGCCCCUCACGCAUCACUUCCCCUCGUGAUCCCUCGCACCUGCUGGCGUCGGAGAUGGUGCAGUUGAAGAUGAAGCUGGAAGAGAAACGCAAAGCCAUUGAGGCCCAGAAGAAGAAAGUCGAAGCAGCUUUUACACGUCACAGGCAGCGCAUGGGCAGGACUGCGUUCCUCAAUGUUGUCAGGCGAAAAGGAGUUGUGUCUCCACUUGGAGCCGAAAGUGACGGGCCAGAUGGUCGGGAAAAACAAUCCAGUGACCCACAACCCCCAAAAACACCUUUGAAUUCGAAUAACUCGGAUUCUAGACUUGAGAGAUGUCGACCUGAUGGUGCACCGCCGAAAUCCCCUCUGGAGGAAGCAGCUGUGGAGGUGGAUCUGGGGGAGUAUACGCGAUCCAUCGAGCGCCUGAACACGUCUCUGAGCUUCCUUCAGUCAGAGAUGCAGCGCUUGGCACAGCAGCAGGAGCACAUCAUGCAGAUGCGUGAGCACCAAAGUUGGGUGAUUUCACCACCGGAUCCAUCGCCACGCAAACAGCUGCGUGAACUGCGCAGCAGCAGUGUAGUUGGCCGAGGUUCGGUGGGGUCGCUCUCCCCCAUUUUGUCGUCCACUGGUUCGCCACGCACCGCACACCGUUCGCCCUCUACGAUCAAAAGGAAGUCUGCAUCUUUCCACGCAAGGACUCCACGAACGCCAAGGCCCAAUGACCUGAAAGUUACCCCCUUCAGCCGGAUGCUCAACUCGCCACAGUCAGUAGACAGCCUGCCUCGACUUAGACGCUUUUUGCCAAGUCAGACGCUUUCCAGCUCAUUCGCGUAUUUGGGACAGGACGAAGGACCUUCGAGUGAGGACCAAUCAGCUAGAGAAAAGCCAUGUAAGAAAGAGUCCAAAGAUGCACUAAAAGCAGUUGCAAAUUCACCAUCUCCACAGGUGAAUGAAGAGCAGGGAGAAGAAAAACAGGAUGUUAGAGAAAAAAUCAUGAAUGUGCCAACAUCUGAGGUUCUGUCUAAGCCAACAAUGAACCAUUCAGCGGUAACCACCAGUGGACAUUCAAAUGAAGAAGAGUCACAUGAGAAGAAGGAUCUGAUUGAGGUUCCUCUCUCUGUUCUGAAGCCUCUGGAUGGACAUGAUCUGGAGAGCAGUAGAGAAACAGAGACUGGACCAGAAUCUAGACCAGACCAUAAGAUGUGUUGUGGCUUCUUCUAUAGGGAUGACCUGAAGGCAGAGGAGGAUAUUGCACAGAAGAAAGCAGCUCUGAUGGAAAAAAGGCUUCGACGGGAGAAAGAGAUGCAGAUCAAGAAACAGCAACAGGAGGCCGAGAUGGAACAAAAGAAAGAAGCAGCACGAUUGAAAGAGGAAGAGGAACGCCAGAAGAAGGAGGAAGAGAAGGCAAGACGGGAUUUUAUAAAAAAUGAAUAUAUGAGGAAGAAGCAGCUCAAACUGAUGGAGGACAUGGACAGUGUUAUUAAGCCACGCCCCCCUAGCAUUAAGCAGAAGAAGCCACGCCCCAAAUCUAUGCACAGAGAUACCAUGGAGUCUCCAAAGCCUCCAGCACGGACAGCCACAGGGUCACGACCUCGUGGAUAUUCCGUGUCCAGCUUAUCACUCGCCUCCCUUAAUUUGGCAGACAAUGAGAGUGUCAAAUCAGAGAAGAGGACAUCCAGAGGCAGCAGACUGUCUCCUGGCAGUCUGUGUUUCUUUCUGAGCUCCCCUAAAGGGAGAAAGGGAAGGCCAGAGUCUACAGAGGGCUUUCUGUCACCAUGUCCGUCUGUAAGUGGAAAUGGGGAGAACUGGGAGCUCGAAUCAGAAUCCUCUGCAGAAUACACAGGGCCGAAGUUGUAUAAGGAGCCCAGUGCUAAAUCAAAUAAAUACAUCAUCCAGAACGCACUGGCUCACUGCUGCCUCGCAGGCCGUGUCAACGAGGGACAGAAGAACAAAAUCCUGGAUGAAAUGGAGAAAACCGAAGCCAACAACUUCCUGAUUCUGUUCAGAGACACUGGCUGCCAGUUUCGCUCUCUGUACACGUAUUAUCCAGAGGCGGAGGAGAUCAACAAGCUGGCUGGCAUCGGGCCAAAGACCAUCACACCCAAAAUGAUUGAAAACCUCUACAAGUACAGCUCGGAUAAGAAACAGUUCAGCAAAAUCCCCGCCAAGACCAUGUCAGCGAGUGUGGACGCCAUCACCAUCUACAGCCACCUCUGGCAGAUCAAGAAACAAAACACACCCAGAAAACUCUUCAAAUAAGUUGAAAGCUCACUGGCAGACUGCUGAGUGUUCCUGCCUAUCGGACAUUACAAUGCACAUCCUGAAUGUAAAGAAAACACUUUUGCGGGCUUUGGAUGUUCAUUUGUGGCGAAACCUUCUGUUCUACAGUACACAUCGUUUGCAGCACUGAUGGAUGCGCCUUUACGUGAUUUUGAUUUUGUGGCCUUAUGCUUGUCUUGUUGUCUCUUUUAUGCAAUGCUUAACGCACACAGUUACUGAGUUUAUUAGCAAGUCAUUGCAUCGUGUGAAGAGACACAGUCUUCUUCUUCUGUGUUUGUGCAGGUGUAAAAGAAUAUUAGGGACAUAGUACACUUGAAGACUAACUUUAAGAUGGUCAUGCAGUUGAAAACACAUUUAAUGUACUGGAACCUCAAAUUUUUGCUUUAUUUAAUGUCUGCGUUUUUAUAUUUUGGGUAGGAUUCGUAAUUGUUGCGCAACUGCUACUCCAGAGGAAAGUGUUAAAUUAGCUACAGUGAGAGUUGUUCGCUCAAGACUUUCUAUAAAAUGAACAUGCUCGUGCUACUCUGUAUGUGAUGUAAUCGUAAUGAUGGGGCCUUUAACUGAGUAAGUUGAGGACCAAAACUGAACAUAUUAGCUAGAAUUAUAAAACUAUCGCUAGUGUCAUGAUCCAGAAUAUCUGGGUGCCAUGUAUGUUUGAAACAUACAUUUUAGAGAGACAGAUCAGUUUAGCUGACUGUUUGAGGAAAUUUCCAUAUGAAUAAUACAGAGGAAACACUGAGUUAUUGAAUAUUAUAUAAUGAAGCUUUCCAAAAGAUGGUGCAUAUUAUUGCUCAUGUGGUAACUCAUUUUUAAUUAUGAUGUGCAUUUUAAAGAGCUGCGAUUAUUUGGGCAGGCUGUUGUCCAGUAACACAUUUUGUCUGCAGGUGCAAAAGAUUUGAGAUAUUUGUUAUUUUUACUAAGGGAAGUAAAUCAUUGUUUGAAUUUAUUGAUGCUGUACAGAUAUAGUUUUACAUACUAAGCAUAUUUUUUAAGCCAUUGAAUAUUACUGAUAUUUUUCAUAUGAAAAAGAUUAUGUUUAACAGGGGGCAAGUAUGACGGGAUGUGAUAAGAGCAGAAGUAAGCUCUUCUGAGAGAUGUUCAUUUCCACACGCUGUCUAAUCUUUUUUAAGGUCAUGUCUGCUGUUUGUUCAUCAUAUGCUUUGUCUGUUUGUAUUUGAAUGUUAAUCUCAACAUAAAUACAGAUUUACAACCAAAAGCUUACCUGUUUGACCUAUUUUCCCCUAGUAUUAUUAUUCCAGUAGUAUUUGCUUGUAAUAACAUUAUUUAUGACUGAGUGAGCAAUUAUGUUUAGGGAUGGGA